AUGAAGGCGACGCACUCUUUCAGAUUCCACAUAGAAGGUUCAGUCCGUAGUUUCGUAGAAACAAUGGAUCAGUGGCGUCAAUCGCUCAUGGCAAUCAAGCAGAAGUCACCGGAGCAGGCUGGUGCAGUAGACGCGAUGCUUGAAGGAACAUCUGGUUCACAUCAGUGGUAUCAGACGAAUCAUCACCGGCCAACUUUCUGUAAUUAUUGCCGAGAAAAGCUUUCCGGUCUGACAUGGCACGGCUGGUCUUGUGAAACUUGCAAAAUGAAGGCUCACAAGAAGUGCAUAACCAGCAUUGCUGAGAAAUGUAAAUGGACAAUUGAAUGUACAGUACCGAGCCAUUUGCAAUACAUAAGUCCAGAGAAUUCAAUAGUGGCUCAUCAAUGGGUUGAAGGUAAUCUAGCCAUGUCUUCAAAAUGUGUAGUUUGUGAAAAAGUUUGUGGAUCGGUUUUGAGAUUAGCAGAUUGGCGGUGUCUUUGGUGUGCCUGCUGUGUGCACUCGUCCUGCCUACCACAACUGGGUCGUGGUUGUUCCUUAGGCGCCACUUCAUUGUCAGUGAUUCCCCCUCUUGCAGUGAAGGAUAUUUCGAAAGAAGGUGUAGCGCAGAUCCGAACAGAUGCUAUAGGUGGUGAAUGCGGUGGUGGCUCUCCAUUACUCGUACUCGUUAAUUCGAAAUCUGGUGAUAACCAAGGGCAGCGUAUGAUCCGAAAGUUCAAGCGCCUGUUGAAUCCAUUGCAAGUGUUUGACAUCAUUGCGACGGGACCUGAUUUUGCGCUUUCCUUUUUUGAUGCCCUCGAUUCCUUCCGAGUACUCGUUUGUGGUGGCGACGGUACUGUUGGUUGGGUUCUCGGAGCUUUUGAUCGUUUAGCGCUCCACAAUAAGUGUCAACUUGCCAUUCUACCACUUGGCACUGGAAAUGAUCUGGCUCGUGUACUAGGAUGGGGACACGCUUUUUACGAUGAUACUCAACUGCCGCAACUUUUGAGAACGUUUGAACGAGCCCAUACGCGUAUGCUUGAUCGCUGGAGCGUGCUGUCGAUAGAAGGACCGCAAGCAGUUGCUGUUUGGCAGUAUGAGGAGACCAUAACGAAAAAGUUGUGCGCCGUGAUGGAUGCCGACGACCCUGGAGACGUUUUUCGAGCCGUGAAAUCGUUAUGUGAGACGGUACGCGGUCUAAUGGAACAAAUCACAACCACCUACACAAAAGUGGAACAAUGGGAAAGGGAAGCCGGUUGUCUGCCCAGCGAUCCCAUCACGGAGAAAUGUUCCACUCUUUUGCGAAAGCUAGACGUUUUGAUGCAAUCUUUGAGUUCAGAAGAGGAAAAGGUGGAGGAAAGCGGAUUUGAACCUGAAGAUGAUGAACGUACUGCCAGUGAAGAGCGAAGAAGGCGUGAUUCGUUGGUGGGUAGGGCAAACAGUCUGAAAAAAGCACUAAAGGAUAUCAUGAACAUCGCGGAGAGAGGAAUCGAUCAACAUACUCGCGGAAGGUAG